CCCUCACCCUGAGAGAAGUGUCAGGCGGCGAGCCGUCGGAUCCGGAGAGCAGUCGAGCCCUUGCGAGCGCUGCAAAAGCGCCUGCGGGACCCGCCUGUUGAUUUCGCAGCGGCGAGGGCGAGCCGCGCGCUUCGCGAGCCCAUUUGCUUGACGGCGGCGGCGUUCCGCGUGCGUGCAGUGUCAGCUCCUCGGUCGAGCUCGACGCGAGCAAUUAGCGUCUGGACGUCGGCGACAUUGCGUUUACUGGCUCGAGAUCGUUGCUCCCCUCGGCACGGCAAAGGAGGAGAGCGCGGACACCGGCAUCUGGAGCGAAAGUUUUGAAACCUGAGCCCCCCGAUUUCCUUGUGCCGAGUGGGGCACGUAUUGUCCUUGGUGACCGUCACAGUGGCUGAACGAACGCGCUGGAUAAAUGUGCGGUGGCAUUCCCAGUUCUGAAUGCGGCUCAGCCACACAGUGCGCGACAGUGGAUAGAGAAACGAAGCUUGCCGACGCAACGCCUUAUGACGGAAUAUGAAGCAGCCUAGUGGAGAAAAGCAUCGGCAGGGGCGUAGUGGUUGCCCCUCUACUCAAGUACACACAAGUCUUCACCACCCCUUUCAGAAUUUGCUGUAGCGAGACACCUGAGAGAAAUUCGGACCGAAUGGUUGGACGAAAGCAUUCAGGAAAUUAAUUAGAGCCCACGCGCGGCACGCAGUCGAGGGUGUAAAAGGAGCAAGCGAGCCAGAAAGCAGACGCCCCCCCUCUCCCUGUCUCGAUCCUGACGAGCGAGCGAGAAUCCAGGAGAAAACCGACCUGCGGUCGUCCGGGUGCCUUCCUCCUUCUCUCACCGUCUGCUUGCGAGGCUUCGCCGCGCACUUUGCUUUCCGGUGUGCGAUGGUGAAGCAAGGAAUCGGUGCGACGGUUGCGACAAAUCUCGAGGACUAACGACCAUCCUGAGGCACUGGCUCCGUCUACGAGGCGGCACUCGCUGUACUACAACGCCGAGCAGGGAGAGACGUUGGAGAGAAAAAGCCGAAGCAAAGGACAGAAAGAACGAGAAGCCGCCAACCGGACGUCCUGCUCCUGAGGUGGCUGCUAGGCGAGUGACCUCUUUGUGAUUUGCCCUCGGAGAUCCGCUUCCUCUGUGCACCGUCGCAGCUCGGCCCGUCCAUCUUUCGUGCUGUCCGUGCGCGCUCCCGGCUGGAUUGGUGUCUUGGAGCCGGAAAGAGAGAGAGAGAGAGAUAGAGAGAGAGAGAGAGGGAGAGAGUGGUCGGGUCUCGCCACCUUAACGAACCGUUGAGACCCGUGGGCGGUGAAGCAGCGACUGUCGCCAUCCGUCCGGAGGCCAGGUGCCGUUGAUCUCGAUACUGAUCCCACAAAGAGGAGACAUCUCGCGUCCUUGCCUAGUCACUCGAGCCCGUCUUGCUCUUUUCUUUGUUGUUGUUGUUUUGUUUUCUACUAUACGAUAUCCGGCCGAAGCCGACUCUCAUGGGAAGUCGGAGCUCGCUCUAGCGGUCAUGACCUAAGAAGGUGUCCGGUCUGAGUUUUGGCCAUGGGUAUUUGGCCAACGUGUAUUAUUUCGCGGCGUGUUUGUCCUCAUGUCCUUCUUCGGACGGAUGACUUGCUGCCCUGCCCUCUAGAUGUGCUGCACUGUGACUACUUCACCUUGGCGAUGACCUGAAUAAGUUUUGGAAUGCAAAGGUAAAAGCUACGAUCAAAAAACAAACCCGAUAUCUGUCUCAACCCUGGUCCGUACCACGGUGAUUCUCUUUCAAUAAAGCGGCCUCGCAUUUAUUGCGAUGUCAGUGCUACUAUGACUGCGUCAAAUUACCGCGCAUUUUGGCAUCUGUACUUCCCUGAGAAAGGGCGCUCUAGCAGCCCUGAACUGGCGUUUCUUUACGGGCUGCCGAAAACAUAGCGAGUGGAGAACGCUGGGCUCUCGUCUGCUGUACAGCGUGUAAGAUUGUCCCGUGACCUGGUUUGGCGCAUUGCUCACGAGCCGGCAGAAAUUGCAGCCUUGUCUCAUUCGGGACUUUCUGACUGCCAACACAGCUACAAAAACUGGUACGCAGGACGUUUCAUUCACGACGACGCGCUGAUGCCGGCGUUAGGUAUGGAUCACGCGCUUAGCACGGCGACGCCCUACAACGCGACGCUGGAGGUGACCAAGGCCGCGUUGCUGAAUGCGUCGUUUUCGAACGAGACACUAGUGCUCUCCUCAGCAGCUGCGGCUGCCGGUUUGGCCAACUUGACGGGCAACUUGACCGGCGAACUGGUGAUGCCCGGUGGUGGUGGUGGUGACGUCAGUUGUCCGUGGGACCCGCGCGGCGGAGGCAACUGCUCGUGGCCCGACGCGGGUCUGGCGCCGGGCAACGAGUCGUCCCUGGAGGCGUCCCGACUGCCCGCAGAUGCGCAGCAGCCGGCCGAGAAGGUCUACUGGGCGCUGAUGCUGGUCAUCCUACCUUUUCUGGCUGUGUUCGGCAACAUCCUCAUCAUCCUCAGCGUGUACAAAGAGCGCAGCCUGCAGACGGCGACCAACUACUUCAUCGUGAGCCUCGCAUUCGCCGACCUGCUUGUGGCAGCUGCCGUCAUGCCGUUCGCCGUCUACGUUCUGGUCAACGUGGACUGGGAGCUGAGCGAAACGCUGUGCGACUUCUACAUAGCAGUGGACGUAACCUGUAGCACGGCUUCCAUAUUCAACUUGGUCGCCAUCAGUAUAGACAGGUUCAUUGCCGUUACGCAACCCAUCAAGUACUCCAAGCACAAGAACAGCAAGCGCGUAGCGCUCACCAUCGUGAUCGUGUGGGUCGUGUCGGCAGCCAUCGGGUCGCCCAUCAUGCUCGGUCUGAACACGUCCCCACAGCGGGUGCCGCACCUGUGCAUCUUCUACAACUCGGAUUUCAUCCUGUACUCGUCGCUCAGCUCUUUCUACAUCCCCUGCCUGGUUAUGGUGUUCCUCUACUACAAGAUAUUCCGCGUCAUCCACGAGCGGGCACGCAAGGCUGUGGCCAAGAAGGAGGCCCGUCUCAAGGGGCUCGUGCUCGAGGGGGGCCCGCCUCCCAUCGCCAACAAUACGGUGCACCGGGGUGCCGUGAUGCUCACCACGGGUGGUGGGACAGGGGGCGGUGCUGCUGGCGCGCAGCCCAUUCAGGCAAGCCAACCUCCGCCGGGGGACAACAGGAACGGAAGCAAGAGCCUUCAGGUGAGCUCAGUGGCGCCGGAGCCGGAUCCUCUGACGGUCAACACCGGCAGCGGCAGUCAGCCGGACGAGGACGAUUUCGACGACCUGCCCACCGAGGCCGGCGGGGAUAAGUGGGCCGAAUGCGACGAGGAGGAGGCCAGCUUCCUGGCGGCGCACAGCGCCACCUCUGGUAGCGACCCGUCGUCGCAAGCGCCGCACAACAGGAACCACGAUUCGGGCUACGUGGACUCCAACGUCGACGAGGUCCACUUUCCCCGCCAGGAGCGGUCCAACAAGGAGUCGAAGAAGAACGGCGCCGUGAUGCCCCUGUUGACGGUGUCGGUGGUGGGUGGUCCAACGAUGGUCGGCUGCGUCGAGGACGGACAGGCCCGCAAGAAGUCUCGCUUCAACCUGGGUCGCAAGCACAAGUCCAGUCGCAAGAAACGGGAGAAGGCGUCCGCCAAGCGGGAGAGAAAGGCCACCAAGACGCUAGCCAUCGUGCUCGGAGUGUUCCUGAUAUGCUGGGUGCCCUUCUUCACGUGCAACGUGGUUGACGCAGUGUGCAUGAAACUGCAGAGUCAGGACUGUCAUUUGGGUGUCACCGUCUUCCUGCUCACCACGUGGCUAGGAUACGUAAACAGCUGCGUGAACCCGGUCAUCUACACCAUCUUCAACCCCGAGUUCCGCAAGGCCUUCAAGAAGAUUCUCAUGGAGCCCAUGAAGUGAAGCCCGAAACCGCUCAACAGACGAUACAAACGGUGCUGUGUGCCAAAGUAAAAACUGUGAAUCGCUGGAGUUUUGCGCUUCCUAGCGACGACGAAAGACCUGCUCGCUGAGCGUGCGUGUGUGCUCGCAUUUGCAAUGUGCCACUCUGACGCGCUUUGUGCUUUGCGCCACUCUUUGUCCUAAUACCCGCUGUCGGUCGAUUGACUCGUUUAAAUCACACCCUCCUCCAAACUGACGCAAAGAGUAGGUGAGUGGAUUGGUCUCUUGGCCUACAAGACAUCUCAGCUCUGUGCCACAACCUUGUCGAAAGCAUUCACUGACGGACACCAAGUCGCCGGUGGUCUUUUUUGAAAUUAAUGAAAAUAUUUGCCUCAUGCCACACGAAACACUGUAGGGCAUUUAUUCACACGCGGUCAGCGUCGUGAGAGGUCAACAUCAACACCUCUUCUAGCCUGAAUGUGAAGCCUUGUGACGCUGACAAUGACGGCUCGUCCCUCUUAAGACAAAAAUAAUUGGACCCAUCUGGAAAAGAUUAUCAGCAGCUACCAGGAGAUACGUAUCAGCCAAUUAUUCUAAGUCAUCAUCACUGUUUUCUUGUACUUUUGCCACAGCAGUGAUUCGAGAGGUUUGUGGCCAUCGAAGAAGCCCUUGUGACGCGAGCGACUUGCUUGAGGACGACAUCGAUGUCGAUAAUGGAAACGGGAUGAUCAGAUGAAUGACGUGGUCUCGUAAAAAUGUCCCACACCAUGUCUCCCAUUGACUUAGUUCGGCUAAUUAAUUUACGGACAUGUCCUUAUUCGUUUGCUAGCGUACAAAACCCUGUUCCUAGGGGUUAGACUCCUUUCUGUGUUCAUUCAGCCUUUUCUCUGCUUCAAUCUGCCUCUCUUCAUGUACAUACGAUUCAGAGUAUAUGUAACGUAUUUCUUACCGCUUGCUAACAGGAGUACGCUUUACUUCGCUUGAAUAUUAAUGUAGAGUACGAAGAAUGCUGAGGUAAAGUGUGAAGGUAUAUUGUCCAAGUUUAAUUGUGACUACUUGCUUAUCUGGAAGAUCUUUGGCAGCCUAGCUUUUGCUCUGACUACAGUGCUUACUUUAGCACGUUUCAGCGGAAAGGGUGUGUAAAUUUAUUGGAUCCAUGCAUAUCUACAUUAAUACGAAGUAUGUUAUAAUUUAGCACAGUAACGUGGCUACCGCUUUCUUUUACCGACAACACCUCAUCCCAUGUGAAAAAAAGCUACAGAGACUGUCGCAAAGUACGUCAAAAACUUAGCCUUAGGCCUGGCGUGUUCUCGUGACACUACAUUUCUCGUUCACAUAUCGCAGGACUCGUCGCCAACAUGACAUGCAAGUUCAGGCUUGCAAGAAAUAUUUCUCUGUUCGCAGAAUUGACGGUGUUGAUGCGUCCAAAAUGACAAGACGUGCCAUCGCACUACAAAAUGUAUCCCACUAAGAUUUGAGCUGUAGACAUACCGACCACAGCGCUUUGAAAUAUACGGUCAAAAUUUAUGUUGUUACAAUAAAAUCAUCUGUGGUCUUUUUCAACUGGGAUGAACAACCUUGUAAAAGCUUCACAUACUUCUAGUAACGCGUUAAUAUUCUCAGCGAUGUGUGGCAGCGGAAUCGACAACGUCUGCGGGCCAAACGCUAAGCUUUCGCGUUGAACCAAUACAGGGUAACCUCCUAUUCCAAACGUAAAUAUAAAUAUGUGAAGACGCCACAAGGAGUAACAUGGCAGAUAUCGCCUUGCUGAUCACGGUAUGUUAUAGUAAUACUGUACAACGCCCAAGUGAACAAAAUCAAUUUGUUCACUUAAACGUUGCCAGAGCGAACGCUCACUCUCGUUGAUGUCUUGUUGUAAGGUUACAAGAAACAAUUAGCGCUGAUGAGCCUCUAAUAGCGGCUUCAGUGUUCAAAAGGCCCGUGCGUACAGUGGCUAUGUAUUUUUGGCGAAGGGCCUCAUAGUUUUCAUCAUUCUUUGAAAGCGGUCUUGUAGUACACACUCUCGUGUACUCGGUGCUCUAGUACCUAAGCAUUUCGCCCAGUUUCUCAGCUGCAAAGCUUCGCGCUGCAGGUGAUGAAACCACUGUUGGCGUCCGUGAGCUUCUCCCUCCAGCUCUCCCUAUGGUCACACGUGUUAUAAAGUUUAUCACCCUGAAGCUUUAGGCGUGAAAUCAACAGUGCUCACUCAUCAAUCUCCUUCCCAUCGUACAGGUUUCGUUUUUUUUUGUUCGUUAUGGUGGCUUCAGCGAUAUGGGUCGAAUUGAUCCGUAUCGACCCCUCCGGACAGUACGCCUCCGCGGUUGUCGGAACUCGGCUGGUCUCAUCUCUCCUCUUUCAUUUCAUCCUGUUGCCUGUUUACAUGCAUUCCUUGGACUGUAUGCUUGAGGCGUGCACGAAACUACCGUGCUGAGAUGGAGGUGAAAUGUGUUCUCUGCCUGUACGCAAAAUGUAGUGCUGUCUCGUGCGUCUCGUUCACACAAGGACAGCUCAGCUCGCAGUGUACGUGCGAAUCGCCACAGUAUAUGUACGUCGAAGCAGUGCUCGUUGGCAUUUCUUCAGUUUUUGUUUCAUUGUUAUUGUGAUAGUUUAUAUGUGUAUAAAGAAAAGACGGUUAUAAAAUAAAUAUAUAAAUGUAUACAUAUGAAGUUACGAACAUAUGAGUGCACACGCCAGAGAUGACUAUGUUGAUGCAGGAUGUUUGAGAAGACAAAAUACGUGGAAUAUAAAUUUGUUCAUCAAACAA